CCUUUCCCCUCUAUAGGAAACACCCAUCAUUGCUCCCAACAAUCCUUUUCAACCUUAGAAACCUGAGCUUCUUCUAAGAUAUUCCCUCCCUUCCAAUUCUUCCACUCUUAUGCAUCCUCUCACAAUUUAUAUAUCUCCAUCUUUGUGAACCUUUUUCUUUACCAUCCCUUUUUCCCCCUUAAUACCUUCCCCCACCAAAAAAAAGAAAAAAAAAAAAAAAAAAUGGAUCCUUCUUCUACCAACUCCGUCAAUGGCUUCUACUCCUUUCUCACCCGUGGGAUCGAUGAUCUCGAGCGCGUUUAUCUCUCGAAUAACUUCAUGUCAAUCCAAUUCCUACAAAGGGUACUUUCUCUUCUCCGAUCCUUCCACUCCCAGCUCACCCUCCUCGUCCAGAAGCUCCAUUUGCCGGUGGGUGAGAAGUGGCUGGAUGAGUACAUGGACGAGAGCUCCAAGCUCUGGGAAGUCUGCCAUGUCCUCAAGUCUGGUAUAUCCGGGAUGGAGAACUACUACUCUGCCGGCCUCAAUAUAACCUCUUCCCUCGACAGCCAUCGCCAUCUAAGCCCGCAAGUCUCGCGCCAGGUCAUUCGCACAAUCUCUGGGUGUCGCCGGGAGGCUCUGGGAUUGGAGGAGGAGAACAGGGCCUUAAUGGAGACGAGAAUCCAACCGCUAUCGCUCCGGUUCGACGAGAAGGUCUCCAUCGAGUCGAAGCUCAACGGGUUCAACGGCUUCAGGGGAGUCCUGUACGCAAUGAGGAACGUCAGCUCGCUGCUGCUCAUGAUGUUGCUCUGCGGAUUGGUUUACUGCUGGCCGGAGUCAAACUUCCUUAUGGGAGGCUACGAGGGCUGCUUGCUCUUCGGAUCGGGGUUCAUGAUAUCGACGGCGAGGCUGCAGCAGAGGGUGGCAGCGGAGAUCAACGAGAUGGGCGGAAGGCCGGGGAUUCUGCUGUACGAGUUCCGGCGGUCGAAGGUGGCGAUGGAGGAGCUGCGAGGGGAGUUGGAGAGGAGGAAUGGGUCGCCGGCGGGUGCGGUGGCGGACUGGGAGAGUGAGGUCGGGAUCAGGGAGAGAGUGGACAACUUGAGAGGGUGCUUUGGGGUGUUGAGAUCUGGUGCUGAGAACAUUGUUGGGCAGCUUGAUGAUUUCUUUGAUGAAAUUGUUGAAGGGAGGAAGAAGCUUUUGGACUUUUGCAGUCAUAGGUAGAGAGAGAUAGGGAUGCUAGAAAUAUCAAAUAUGGUUGGAUAGUCCAAAAAAAAAAAAAAGAAAAAAAAAAAAAAGAAGAAGAAGAAUAUUACAAGUAGAGGAAUCAGUUGUUAGGGGUUGUUGUACCUCCAAGCCUUCUCUUUGUUUUUAUUUUUAUUUAUUUUUUUGUUUAUUUUCUUUGUUUUCCUUCCUCCUGCGGUUUCACUGUUCUUACAGUUACUAUAGUUGAAGCUUUGGGGAUGGAUAGCUUUUCUAUCAGCAAACCCACCCAAAGAGGAAGGUUCUUUUGAAUGGGAAUGUAAUUCUAGGUUUCAGAAGUGUCUUCAAAUGAGAAUCCAAGAAGGAAAAUUAGACAAAAA